AUGGGUCUUUACGCAAAUAAGGAAAUAGUGCCUGGAGUUGUUUCUCGACUCCUUGAGUUUCUUAAUAGAUAUGAUUACCCGCCUCUUCAGUGUGAGGCAGCACUGGCUUUAGAAGGAAUUUUCAACUAUUCACUUGAUAACAUCAACGAUAACAUCAACGUGUUGAUUGAUCAAGGUGUGAUUCCCAUUCUGGCGAGCCUUCUUAGAUCUCCCAAGGAUGAUCUUCGCAAACAAGCAAUUAACAUGUUAGGAAUUAUUGCCAACGACUCAACACAAUCUCGCGAUCUUAUCCUUAGUCAUGGAGUGUUCAACACCUUAGUGGCACAAGUUAAUGAUAAAACAGAACUAUCCAUCAUAAGAAGUACCGUGAAGACAUUGUCAUUAUUUUGUCUUACACAGCCUCGGUUCGAGUUCGAGCUCGAGCAGGUGAAAACUGCCCUCCAUCCUCUUGUUCUUCUGAUUCAUACAGGCGAUGAUGAAGUCAUUCGCAAUGUAUGCUACGUAUUAUAUUAUCUAAUUGACGAGAGAGAGGAUAUAAUCCAAGCUGUGAUUGAUGCCGGUGUUUUCCGUCAUUUGAUUGAGCUUUUACUGUAA